CUAGCAGUAGCAAGCAAGACGUAUAAAGGAGAACAAAAGCAAGAUCCUAAGAGGAGCUUUACGAGAUAGCCUUUCUUUUGGGGUCUUAGCUAGCUAGCUAAGAUUGACCGAUCCAGGAUGGUGGCCAAGGCCAAGAUGAGCGCCAUGGAGUUGGAGAUGGAGAAGGCGACGAGUGACGGGGAGGUGGUGCUGGGCGGCGCCGGAGACGAGGAGGAGGAGGAGGACGUGGUGCUGCCGGGGUACCGGUUCCACCCCACCGACGAGGAGCUCGUCACCUUCUACCUCCGGCGGAAGGUGGCCAGGAAGUCCCUCAGGAUCGAGGUCAUCCGGGAGAUGGAUAUCUACAAGCAUGACCCGUGGGAUCUCCCCAAGGCGAGCACGGUUGGUGGGGAGAAAGAGUGGUACUUCUUCUGCCUGAGAGGGAGGAAGUACCGCAACAGCAUCCGGCCCAACCGGGUCACCGGCUCCGGCUUCUGGAAGGCCACCGGCAUCGACCGGCCGAUCUACGGCUCCGGCUCCGGCGUAUCGAUCGGGCUGAAGAAGUCCCUCGUCUACUACCGCGGCAGCGCCGGCAAGGGCACCAAGACCGACUGGAUGAUGCACGAGUUCCGCCUCCCGCCGGCCGAAGCCGCGGCCACAAACUCCUCCCCGAGCAUGCAGGAAGCCGAGGUGUGGACCAUCUGCAGGAUCUUCAGGAGGACCAUCACCUACCGGAAGCAGCAGCAGCCGUGGAGGCCGGCACCGGCGGUGUCCGCCGCCGACUCCAGCUCCAACACAGGGAGCUUCGAGUCGUCGGAGGUCAGCGACGAGUACAUGAACUGCCUGCAGGCUCCCGCAGCCGCUGCUCCGUUCAUCCACCAGCAGCACCAGUACGUCACUCAGACGGGCACGGUGGACAGCGGCAACGAGUUCUUCUACAGUGACACCAUGCAGCACCAGCAAUUUCAGGGGCAAUGGAACGCUGCACCCGCCGCGCCGGUGCCCGAGCAGAAACCGCAGAAUCCACCGUCGACGGCCGUCACCUUCCACCAGAAUGACCAUAGCCUCGCCGUCGCCGCUAACGAUUUCGACAAGGUCGAGGCCUACUUGGAGGAGAUCGCUAGGCUGAUGGAGGUCACUGAUCCUGCAGGGUUCUACGACUUUAGAUCAUACUGUUGA